GAGAGCGCGAGAGAGAGAUUCCUUUUGGCGCUUAGCUCUCCAGUUCAUAAAGACUGAGAGCAGAGAGCGAGAGCGCGAGAGAGAGAUUCCUUUUGGCGCUUAGCUCUCCAGUUCAUAAAGACUGAGAGCAGAGAGCAACACUCUAUCUUCACUACGGCUGUUCUAGAGGUAUGAACACGGGGAACCAAACAGACAAAAUACAGAAGUACGGACUCGUUGCAAUGUUGAAAUCGUAGCAGUGGAGGACAAUUGAUGAACACUGAUUUGCAACCUUUCCCCCUCUCGUUUACAUCCAUGUCUGAAGAGGAAUAAGAAGAGAACAUUUCAAAAGGACUAGGUGUUGUGUCCCCAUAAACCACAAUGGCUCAGGAUAACUGUUCCUCUCUGGGUCUACCUGCCACCACUCCUGACCAGCUGGGUUGGAAUUUGUCCUGGGCCCUGGGCAACAUCAGUGCUGAUGACAUGGAGGACAUGUGCCUGAGUCGGAGUCAGUACCUGGAGAAGUUUCUAGGCUUCCGGCGGUCACCCAUGUUCCUGCCUGUCUGCAUUACCUUCCUCAUCAUCUUCAUUGUGGGAUUGUUAGGGAACAUGCUCACCUGCAGCGUCAUCGUGCGCAACAAGGUGAUGCGGACGCCAACCAACUACUACCUAUUCAGUCUGGCCGUGUCCGARUUAUUGGUKCUAGUCCUGGGUAUGCCYUUGGAACUCUAUGAGAUGUGGAGCAACUACCCAUUCCUGUUCGGUGCUGGCGGCUGCUACUUCAAGACCUUCCUGUUCGAGACUGUCUGCUUUGCGUCCAUCCUCAUUAUAACAGCGCUGAGCGUGGAGCGAUACAUCGCCGUGAUACACCCGCUCAAGGUCAAGCACGUCGCCACUCGUGCCCACGCCAAGCACGUCAUCCUGAUGCUGUGGGCCAUGUCCAUGGCGUGCGCCGUGCCKAACACCAGCCUCCACGGGGUGGCCAUGCUGGGAAACCGGUUCGGGCGCCAAUUCCCKGAGUCGGCCAUCUGCAUGAUGGUGAAGCCCCGGUGGAUGUACAACCUGAUUAUCCAGGUGACCACGCUGGUCUUCUUCCUGCUGCCCAUGCUCAUCAUCACUGGGCUGUACCUGCGCAUUGGCCUGCAGUUGAGGAUGGAGAGGGGCAUGCAGGGGCUGGGGACCGGGCCGAGUUUUGGUUCGGACAGCCACUGGAGUGUCCACAGGCAGCAGCAGACGGCACGCCACCGGCAGGUCACCAAAAUGCUAUGUGUACUGGUGAUCGUCUUCGGCAUCUGCUGGGCUCCUUUCCACAUUGACCGCCUCAUGUGGAGCUUCAUAAACUCCUGGACUGGCCACCACCACCUGGUCUUCGAGUACGUCCACAUCGUCUCCGGGGUCUUCUUCUACCUCAGCUCGGCGGUCAACCCCAUCCUCUACAGCCUCAUGUCCACCCGCUUCCGGGAGAUGUUCCGGCAGGUCCCGUGUCGCUACGGCUCAUGCGGCGGUCACGUGCGCCAGCUGACCUCRGGCUGCACCCAACUGACCCUGCGUAGUACCGUCAACGAGAAGCCGCAACACAAUGGGACCCCAGAGAGAAUCACCCCAGACAGAGAGGAGCAGAACGUGUACGUAGACUCCCACCAGCAGCCUGUAUAUGUCCAGAUUAAAUAUGAGUGAGGGGGGUGGGGGUACCAAAACGACCGUAUUUGUGACUGAAUGAACGUGUACAGUGAAGGUUUGGAUGGAGCGAAAGCAACAGUGUUGAAGUUUUGGCCUCGACUUUGGAGCAGAAUUCUGACUGGGGAUACCAAAAAUGAAACAAGAUUAAUAACAAAUGUAUCACUGAUUGAAUGUGUACAGUGAGUGUGGCUAGAGCGAAAGUUGUCUUUGGCUUUGGAUUUAAAAUAGAUUUCCCACAAACAUACGAAUUGUUUUGUGGGAUAUUCAAAUGAUUAUUCUGUGCAGAGGAAAGUGUUCUUCAUCCGGAUAUUAAUAUUCAGGUGGAACACAUCAUUUAUAAAGCUUAUCUAAUAAUUGAACUGUGAAAAAGAAACAAUACCCAGAUUUGUAAAUUAGCUUAUUAAUGUGUAAUCAGUGAAGCUUGAAUAUCUUAUUCUGUUCAAAUGUUCAAAUGUUUCAGGAGGCACAAUUAUAGAUUGUAACAGUCUUCUUAACUGUCUUCUUCAAUGUGUUGUUGUACCGUUCGGUGUACUAGCUAUACCAUCAAAAUCRCACUCACUAUGAAUGUAUAGCACAGGCAAUAUGGAAGUACAGUACAUGGGAGAUGGAGAAGACAGCUUUCAUAGAAAUAGAAAAGGUGACGUGAUUUACGCAUGACAUCCUUAAAGAAAUGGAAAAAGGGGGGAAUUUCCACCGACAGUAAGUAAAUACAUAUGCUAAACACAUGUUAUGUGCCUUUGUAGUACUACUCCAAAAUGUAUAGUAUUUAGCUUCAAGUGCUUUCUGAAAACUGCAAUCUUUUAUUCCUGUGUAAACUGAUUUAGAAUUGAAUAUUUUUACAACGACAAAAGUUUUCAGCAUCACUUACAUUUUCAUUGCUAAACAAAAUGUGUCAUAUUUAGGAAUUAUUUGCAUGCUCGCAUAGAGUCUCAAAUGUUUUGGAAUGGUCUUCAGUAUAAAGAGAUAUAGUUGAGAUACCUGUCAUGUGGGUUUAGUAAGGGCUUGAUUGUUUACAGAAGACUAAUUAUAUUGCUUUUAAGAAGCCUAUUGUAAAGCAUGCACAUUAAACAGUGCUUGAGGUGUCACUACAGGCACCCUGGUUCAAAUCCAGGCUGUAUCACCACCGGCUGUGAU